UUAUAUUUGGAAAGUGGUUUGGCCUUGAAUUGUUUGCAUGGGGUUGUAAUACAUGUUUAACUAGUUUUCCUUUUUAAAAACUUUUUUUCAGUCUGUAUAUAAAGCCUUAAAUUUAAUGUUGUCAUCAACCUAUUUAUUAAUAUUAAACAGUCUUAAGUAUAAAAUCUUUCGGGCUGAUAUCACAAGGCUUUAAAAUCCCCAUCUUUAGUUGAAAUGAAGAAUUUUGCUAAGAAAGGCUCAGUAAUGUACUGUUUUAUAUUAACAGGAAACAGAACAGCAGUAGUGGUUUGAAUACCCUGCAAACAGGAAGUUUGACACUUGCAUAGCUCUUAGCUUCUGUGUAAGAAGUUGUUGAGCUCCUUUUGGAAAUAUUUUCAGUUACUUUAAGUAAAGUGCAAAUGCACAUGAAUGGCAGCUUAUAGAGAACUACCCUGUAACCAGUAUACAGGUACAACUGCUCUUCAGAAAUUGGAAGGUUUUGCUAGCCGAUUAUUUCAUAGACAUUCUAAAAGUACUGCACAUGAUCAGAAAACAACUCUGGAAAAUGACAGCCUUCAUUUCUCUGAACAUACUGCCUUAUGGGACAGAUCAAUGAAAGAGUUUCUAGCCAAAGCCAAAGAAGACUUUCUUAAAAAAUGGGAAAAUCCUACUCCGAAUAAUGCCGGGCUGGAGGAUUUUGAAAGGAAAAAAACCCUUGGAACAGGUUCAUUUGGAAGAGUCAUGUUGGUGAAACAUAAAGUCACUGAACAGUAUUAUGCCAUGAAGAUCUUAGAUAAGCAGAAGGUUGUUAAACUGAAGCAAAUAGAGCAUACUUUGAAUGAGAAAAGAAUAUUACAGGCGGUGAAUUUUCCUUUUCUUGUUCGACUGGAGUAUUCUUUUAAGGAUAAUUCUAAUUUAUACAUGGUUAUGGAAUAUGUCCCUGGGGGUGAAAUGUUUUCACAUCUAAGAAGAAUUGGAAGGUUCAGUGAACCCCAUGCACGGUUCUAUGCAGCUCAGAUAGUGCUAACAUUCGAGUACCUCCAUUCACUAGACCUCAUCUACAGAGAUCUAAAACCUGAAAAUCUCUUAAUUGACCACCAAGGUUAUAUCCAGGUCACAGACUUUGGGUUUGCCAAAAGAGUUAAAGGCAGAACUUGGACAUUAUGUGGCACUCCAGAAUAUUUGGCUCCAGAGAUAAUCCUUAGCAAGGGCUACAAUAAGGCAGUGGAUUGGUGGGCAUUAGGAGUGUUAAUCUAUGAAAUGGCAGCUGGAUACCCCCCAUUCUUUGCAGACCAACCAAUUCAGAUUUAUGAAAAGAUUGUUUCUGGAAAGGUCCGAUUCCCAUCGCACUUCAGUUCAGAUCUCAAGGACCUUCUAAGGAACCUGCUGCAGGUGGAUUUGACGAAACGGUUUGGAAACCUGAAGAAUGGUGUGAGUGAUAUAAAAACUCACAAGUGGUUUGCUACAACAGAUUGGAUUGCUAUUUACCAGAGGAAGGUGGAAGCACCAUUCAUACCAAAGUUCAGAGGCUCUGGAGAUACCAGCAACUUUGAUGACUAUGAAGAAGAAGAUAUCCGUGUCUCUAUAACAGAAAAAUGUGCAAAAGAAUUUUGUGAAUUUUAAAGAUGGGCAACAAGAUGACAUCAGAGCUCACACUCAGUCUUUGCACUCUGUUGAGAGAUCAGGUGGAGUCGAGACCGUCCUUGUUGAAGCAGUUACCUAGUUCCGUCAUUCCAGCGACUGAGUGAGGUCUUUAUUGCCAUCGUCCGUGUGUGCGCUCUGCGUCCACCUAUGUAACAAGGCACCGCUAAGCAAGCAUUGUCUGUGCCAUAACACACAACUAGACACCUUCCCGCUUCCCUCUGGUUGGGCUUUCUCCUCCCCUCCACCCAUUUCUUCCUUUUUCAUGUUCGUCGGGUUUUCUCCAAGCAGUGCUCCAUUUUAUUUUGUGGGUAUUUCAGACGGGCAGUGUUAUGGCUCUGUGAUAUUUGAAAGGAAGGGUAAGUGUUACCUUCGGUAGUUCUUGCCGUUAUGGUUGUUGGUCGAUGGCUUGAGGCUGUACGUCCAGUGAUUAUUUUUACUUUGAGUAGCUCAGACUCAGUUUUGCCAAAACUUCUGACAAUUUUUGAAGACAGAGUGUCGUAUCAACAAGGCAAUUUAUACAAAACAAAACAAAACAAUACCUUUUGCAGAACUCACCGCUCUGGUGAGACAUUUGGAUAGACUAAUAUAGAGUAGCUACACCCGGCAAUUUGGAUUUCUAGAGAUCAGAGGUUCCGUCUCCCUUCACCACCUUUUGUAUUUUCCUCCCGGUGAGUAAUCGGGUGACCACCUGUGCAGUGUGACACAUGCAGCUCACUCACAGGAGAAACUAAAGCUGUGGGUCCCAUCACUUGGUAGGGGACCAUCACUUGGUCAUUGCUGUAGGGAUUAGGGCUUUAAGAUUUCUACACCUUCGCUCCUCCGUAAGGAUUUUAGCCAGUAUUUUGACAGAACGCGACUGAUGAAGAAAGGGACAAAUUUUUUAGUUUCUCAAGUCCUCCUUGUAAAUUUUUUACGGGAAAAAAAAAAAAAACGAACUAAAAAAGAUCAUUAAUGUGGACAAUUACUUUGCUGAGUCCAACAAAUGGCUUGAUGCUUGUAAGUAGUGUAGAGACACUCUUAUUUAUAUGGGGAUUUUUCUGUUUGUUUUGCUUCGCUUUGUUUUGUCACGGUUAAGGACAAAAGGAGUUGUUGCCAGGUUAUUCCAGCAUACAGUAUCUGUCAGCCCGAGGGAGAGGCACUGUUGUAGCUUCAGCGUUCAUCCUAUGCCUCAUCCACGAGGAAAAGGGACAAAGUUUUUAAAACUGCCACAACUGUAUUUUAAUUUUGAGGUGUGAUAGUUUUAGACACGUUAGAAUUUCCAGCCUCUUUCCGUACACAGCAUGUAUGAUCAUGCAGAUGCAAUGUUAGCAUUUGAGUUUAAUUUUUUUUUUAAUUCUUUUUUGCCAACAGCAUUGCUGUCAGUGGAAAUUUCAAGCAUUUUUGCACAGUUAGUUCCACGUUUGUUGAGAAUCCAUGGCUUAACUCUGUUUUUUAAGUAUUUUUUUCUUUGCUUUUAAAUUUUCCCAUCUGGUUUUAUCUCCAUGUGUCAGUGACCUAUCUUAAAACAACACACCAAAAGAGCUGAAAGUAAACUCUGUUCAUUUUUUAUGAUCAAUUUACAUGCAUAUAAGUUGAGUUGUUUUUAAUCAGACUGAUCUUAAUGUAUAUAAGCAUUCUAUUUGCUUCAUUAUUGGUGCCGGUCACUGACAACUUCUUUAUCUCCGUACCACACUCUUGUAAAACCUUUGAAGACAUUGAAAAAGCCUGUCUGGGAUGUUCUCUGCAUCCAUCUGUACAUCUUUUGGUUGUCAAGUGUUCCUGCAUGGUUAUGUCAUUUAAGAGCUGAUAACUGAUUUCAGUUGGUCCACUUAUAUUUAAAAUGUGCAAGAAAAAUAUGAUAUACUUUGCUGUAUCAAGUUUUAUGUGACAAAAAAUAUGUCAUUCAUGUUAAUAAAUUUAAACCAUCAUUUCUAUAAAAUAUUUUCAUUCGGUUUUUUUUGGCCCAAGAACAUGCUGAUCGUUGUAUUCUAUAUGUAUGCAACAAAUUCCAUGGUAGCUUUAUUGUAUAUUAUUGUAGAAUUAUUUUAAUAAAUCAUGGGGAUGACAAUUUGAUUAUUACAUUUUAGUUUUCAGCAAUUAAGAAGAUUUCUCUAAGUUCUAAAAAGACGUUUUAAAUAAAAUAACUACUUGCCCUGCACAACUUGCUGUAGAAUCUGCCUAGGUAGAUGACCUCUCGGCAUGCGUUGGUUUUGAGGGCUACUUAGCCAUUCCCAUUUCUCUCUCCACUUAAAGGACAUGAGCAAGCUUUCAGAUAUGUCAAGGGAGUCUAUUUCCAACCAAUUAAGGAUGCGGAAUUAGAAUAUCUUCAAGUUAUAUAAAACUCCCAGUUUCAGCCACAAUUUAGCCAAGAACAGGAUGAAAAUUUGAAUAAGAAAUCAGUGGAAUGAAUCAGUGUUUAACCUCAGAUUACAUUAUUUGAAGCAGAAGAAAUUACAUUUUUCCUCAGUAAAUGAUAAGGAGAUGGCACUGCAGAGGAGGGACCCCUUGACUCAAAGUCAAGACAUCUGGGUCUCAGGUCUGGUCUGUCACAGUCGGCAUGACCUUGGCCUCAGCUCUCUCUUCUACAAAAUGGAAGAAUUCCAUUAGGCGGUUUCUAAGGUCUUUUCUAAUUUUCACAUGUCAUGACAAAAUUCUUUUUAUUUGACACUUUGAAGGGAUAAUGUGCUUUGAAGUAAAUCUCGGUAAGGUGAUAUUUUAGGGCAUCUUUCUUCUCCUUAUCUCUUACAGUGUUCUUACAAUUUUUUGAAUAUCAUAAGGACCUUAUGUCUGUUUUGAUUCCUUCCUCCUUCACUGAUGCUAAAUAUCCAACUGAUAUCAAACUGUCAACCUACCAAAAACAGAUAUUGUGGCUUGUGGGUAUUGCUGUCUUGUUUUUGAUAUGUUCUUGUAUUGACUGCCCAUUGGCCUGAAAAUACUCAUCAUAAGCCUAAAAAAAAAAUCAUUUUUCUUUCCCACUGACCGUUUUAUCUGCUUGUUGUAAGAAUCAAAUGAAAUAAUGUAUGUGAAAGCACCUUGUAAACUGUAACCUAUCAAUGUAAAUGUUAAGGUGUGUUGUUAUUUCAUUAAUUACUUCUUUGUUUAGAAUGGAAUUUCCUAUGCACUAUUGUAGCUAGGAAAUGCUGAAAACAACUGUGUUUUUUAAUUAAUCAUAACAGCAAAAUUAAAGUAUCUUCAAAGGAUGAAACGGUGUCUUGAGUUCUAUUUGGU